UUGUUAUUACAUAUAUACCUUUCCUAGUAGGAUUUUACUUUUAUGUUUUCUUGUUACUAAUUAUGCCUUUUCUUCUCAGCUUGGAGAAGUCUCUUAAUAUUACUUCUAUUACUGGUUGCAUGGCGAUGGACUCCUUUAAUUUUUUUUCCUGGGAACUCCUCAUCUCCCCUACAAUCCUGAGUGAUAACCUUGCUGGCUAGAGUAUUUUUGGUUAGAAAAAGAAAUUGGGAUAUAGAAUACCCAUCCUUACCUGGAGGGAGUCCACUGAAGUUCAGAAGAGCAGGUCUCAGGACAGUGGGGGCAACUGCCUCUCUCUCUGAAGCAUGGCUCAGGUGUGGAGAAGGAUUUCAGGACACUUCUGGGACCCUGUUGUUAAUGGCUGAAAAGAAGAUUGUUACAGAGAAGCACCUUGAAUUAUCUCUGAGACCCAAGGAAGAAACUGCUGCAUCUAAGAGUACCAGUGGACUUACAGAUAUAACAUGGAGUUCCAGUGGAAGUGAUGUGUCAGAUGAGGAUAAAACACUUUUUAAAUCACAAAGAGAUAAUGGACAUAGUUCUAGGAUAGACAGAUUUUCUAAUAGGAACAAGAAUGUUUUAUGUACAGAAGAUGGGGCCAGUGAAGAUGAACUACAGUUUAUUGACUGGGAGAUUGACAGUGACAGGGAAGAUACUAGUGAGUAUAAUGAAUUUGAAGACUGUGAGAGUGUUGUGGAAAUAUCAGACUGUGCUUCUUGUUCAAGCAAUCAUUCUUCGACUAGUGAAGAGGGGUUCUCUGAGCUCUUGAAGAGAAGUUCUACAGAAAUUUUGGAAUAUUCAUCAGAUAGUGAAAAGGAAGAUGACUCAGAGAAUGCCUUGUUCAUUGAUUCAGAAUCCUCUCCCCAAAACCACAUGGAUUUUGGAACUGAUGUUAGAGAGGUGAUGGAGAGACCAAUAAGGCGGAAGGUGAAAUCUGCAGAGACCAUUUUGUACACGCCCCAGAAGCAGACGUUUCCCAGGACUCCAGGACCAUCAGCAAAGAUGAAGCUUCUAAGAGGCGGGCUAGCAGAAAGACUAAAUGGACUGCAAAAUCGAGAGAGAUCUGCCAUUUCUUUAUGGAGACAUCAAUGUGUUUCUUACCAAAAGACACUUUCAGGUAGAAAGUCUGGCAUAUUAGUUGUGAAAAUUCUAGAGCUGCAUGAGGAAUGCACCAUCCAAGUUGCUAUGUGUGAGCAGUUAGCAGGGAUGCAAGCCGACAGCUCUUCUCUAGGUCAGGCCCCCAGGACUGGACUGAAGGUGCUGUUCACCAAGGAGACUGCUUGCCAUCUCAGGGGACAUCCCCAAGACAUCAUCCAUAUUUACCCUCCCUGGCAAAAGCUUGUUAUCCCAAAUGGAAGUUGCCCUGUUAUUCUGAAUACUUACUUUUGUCAGAAAAUUGUCACCAAAGAAGAUUCAAAAAUAAUACGUGAAGUGCACUGUUGGGACACACCCCUUCCAAGAAGAAGUAUCACUUUGGCCCAGAUGUUUAUAUUUAAGAACCUAACAAUUAAAUCUCCUGAAGGCCAGGUUAUGUGUAGUGAUCUCACUACCAUGAGGACAGAAUGCACCCGUGGACAUGAGGAAACCAAGCAAUGCUUCCCAGCUCAAGCUCCCCUGAGGGACUCUCUUCUGGAUGCAGUGGAAAGCCAGGGAGCUGCCCCAUGGUCAGGAGUCAAGGUCCGAGUGGUGGUACAAAGAGUUUACUCUCUUCCCUGCAGGUAUCAGCAGGGAGGUGGCUCAGCUGUUCCACCGGGCCCAGACCCAUCCAGAGCUCGAGUCUGCCUUCUCGUGCAAGAUGCCUAUGGAAUGUUCAGUGAAGUAUACUCUGAGGGCGCCAUCUUGAAAGACCAACAGUUGGAAGGGAAAUCCUGCAGCCUGAUGGGAAUGAAGGUUCUACAGAAGGCCACCAGAGGAAGGACAGCAGGGCUUUUCAGCUUGAUUGACACCAUGUGGCCUCCAGCCAUGCCUCUGAAAGCACCUGGCCGUGGCCAAGCCCAUGAAGAGGUAGAAACUCGUGUGCCUCCUCCUAGCUUCUGUUACAUCCUCUCUGCUCAUCCAAGUGUGGGACAGAUUGAUGUCAUAGAAGAAGACCGCAUUUCUAAGCUUUACCAACCUCCAGUUACCCGCUUCUUAAGAGAAAUUCUUCAGACCGAUGACCACAGUACACGUUGCAGUUUCUAUGCCAGAGUGAUUUAUCAAAGAUCACAGCAAAGGGAGAUUUGGCUGAUGGUGACUGAUGUCACCCUGCAGAUGCAGGAUGAGAAUAACUCUGGCCUCCCCAAAACUGUACCAGUCUGUGUGGCCCCCUCAUGUGUGCUGAGCCAGGAAGUCGUGGAAGCACUCGCCGAGGCUACCCCUCACAGCUUCCUCUUCAGGGACACUCUCCGAGCCCAGGGUCAGAUUGUUUGUGUUGAACGAAGUGUCCUUUUGCUUCAAAAGCCCCUUUUGGGUAUGGCCUCCGGUGCUCCCUCCUGUGAACUGACCAGCCCUGUGAAGCUCAAUGAACUGGAUUCUGUCACUCAGGUCAACUCCAUUUGUAGCGUUCAAGGCACUGUGGUCGGUGUGGAUGAGAGCACGGCUUUCUCAUGGCCCACCUGUGACCUGUGUGGCAACGAGAGACUGGAGCAGAGCCCGGGAGACAGAGGCGCCUUUUCCUGUGGGGACUGCUCCCGCGUGGUCAUCUCUCCUCUUCUCAGAAGGCACUUGCAGGUGUUCCUGGACUGCCCAUCUCACCCCCAGUGCACAGUGAGGGUCAAGCUGUCCCAGGCCAGUAUUUCUUCGCUCCUGAGGUUCGCCGCCUGCGAAGAUGGGGUAAGUCCAGGGACACGCAACCCAGGUGUCCAGCCCUGUGCGCUUCAGCCUGAGUCAGUGGAUCAUCCCCAGAGUUAUGAAGUGAAGAGUGUCCUCGGAAAGGAGGUGGGGCUGUUGAAUUGUUUUGUCCGGUCCGUAACCACCCACCCGGCUAGCUGCGUUGGAUUGGAGGAAAUUGAGCUCCUGACUGCAGGAAGAGCCUCUUCCCGACACUGCCCGUCGCCACAGGAGCUGUGAACUUUGUGAUGCAGCGGAGGUGGUGGUUGGGAUAGUUAUUUGUUAACUACGGGCAGAGUGAGUGUACUGUAUGAUCUUGAAAUGGAACUUAGAUUUUUCUAGGGCAAAUGUUAGCAAGAUAAUUUUGUAAACUAUACCUCAAAAUGCUUUUUUCUACAGUUAUAUUUUACGACCUUUGUGCAAAUUCAGGAACAUGUUACAUUAAAACUUAACUAAGCUUGAGGCCUUCAUUUUGUACUUCAUCUUAGGCAGUAUUAAAACAGCAAGAAAAAAAUUCUGCUCACUUGUAAUUUUUAAGUGUUUAAAACUGUUACUCCUAAAGUAUAGAUAAGUUACCUGCUGUGAUUCUCGCUAUACAGAUAGGCCUGUUUAAUCAUGCUGGGUACUGUGCACAGAGAGCCGAGAUUACAGACUCAAGAGGAGUGAUUGGUUAUUGUUGGCUUUGUUGGCAGAGAUUUCAAUUAACACGAAAUGAUGAAUAAAUUGUCUUUAGACAAUAAAGAUUUUGUUUCCUCCUUUAUAACAAGACAAUCAUGAUAGGCCACGGUUAAAUUACAUAAGAUAGACCUAGCAGCCCAGAGCAAGAAAGGGCGCCGAGUACCCGCUUUAACUGGGGGAAAGGUGAACGGCUUGAUUUGUCCUGAUGAAGCUUGGAAACAUUUCAACGACCGGCAGGACUGCUGCUUUUGAGGAGCUUUUUGACCGUCUUUUGCAUCUACCACAGAACUAUCUUAUGUUUACACCCACUCGGAAAACCUACUGGAAGCUGUAAGACUGAGGAAAGUGAAAGCAAAGUCCCAUGGAAGCCAUGGAAGCCAAAGACUCAGACAUGCUGUGCGGAGAGCCGGAUCCCUCCCCUCACCCCUCACCCCUGCAGCAGCCAACUGAAGUUAGGGAGCCCUGGGGGGCUCUUGCCUACAGAGGAGCCCCUAAGUCAACUGCAGGACCGGUCAUCCCGCCAGCCUCCUCCCCAAGGCCCGGAACUUCUCUGGGAGCACCUUCCACCGGAAAGCUACUAGUCUAGCGCGAGUUCCUUUAUUCAUGCUUCCUCGAUCUUAAGCAAACAAAACAUCUGGAGGUGGACUCUGGCAGGUUUCAAAGAGCAAAGCAGAUCCCCUCUUCUAGGGAGCUCAGGUCCCCCCUCAGGGACACACACCUGAGUCCCGCGGCCUCCCCGGUGCCUUGCUGCACGCCUGGCACUGGAACGUGCCCUUCCCCAGCGAGGUCCUGGGGCCACCAGCAUUCAGGAGUCACUGUGAAUACGGGAAUCGGGGGUGGUUUUAAAUGCUUCUUUAUUCUUACAAAUGCUGUAAAAAUUAAUAUAAAAAAGUGAGCAUGCUCAGUCUUUUCCUCUUAUCUACAAUACAAAGGGUUUGUCUGAAAAGUUUGUUUCCUUUUUUUUUUUUUUUUUUUUUUUUUUACAAAUGUACCUUAGCUGCAU